AUGAAGUCUUCAAUGAAUCAAGAUGUCUCCUUUCGGAGGAGACUCGAGGAUUCAGCCCUAUUCGUCCUGAACGUCGCCAGAACCCCUCAACUCUAUCUCGACCUUUACCUUGACCGUGUCCGCUCAUAUUUCUUCUCCGUUAUUUUCGUUUCCCUCAUCCUAUACAAAUGCUUCCAUAUCAGUGUGCAUCUCACGGCCUUAGAGGUUCCAUCCCUCUUCCCCUGGGGCCCCACGUUCUUUUUGGUGGAUAUCCUACUUAUUCUGCUCGCGUGUUGCCUAACCCGUUCAUUUGAAUCGCGGAUUCUCCGGAAUGUAGCCGCCGUUGUGACUCUUUUCUCCAGUCUAAUUCUCUCGACAAUGACCUCCGCCAACAUCUCCUAUUACGUCCAUACAGGCGCCGAGAUUCCCUGGGGGAACUCGGAGACCUCUAGUCAAGAAAAUCCCACUGCUGCCCAGACGAUUUUGUCCGGGUUCAUUGUCGCUUUCCUUGUCGAGAUAUUGAUCACGAUCGGUGCAUACUUCGCUACGCCGUAUCUAUUCGAGGCUACCGAAUCUUUCCUGGAAAUUUGGGUCUCGUUUUUGUUCGCUCCUCUCCGCCGAUACCUUCGACGCAGAAAAACCCCGUUGGACCCAGAGACCUAUCAGCAGAUUGAAAUCGAAGACUACGACGAGAAUCACAAUGACAGCGACUCCGUGUCGCAACUCGACACACCCCAAGUUGCACCCGAGGAGAAGAAGAAGCGAUCUUUGCUGAAGCGCGGUAUUGUCAUAGUGUGCGGCUUGAUCAUCGUUCUGCUCAGUUUCGUUCGUCCACACAAUGCGGAUUUCAGUUAUCUCUCUGGAUCCCUGCCUCUUGCCCCGUUCAGCAACCUCGAAUAUUCACCCGCUCAUGAACGUCCCACGUCCACCAGUGGAAGUGCCGCUCCUGAAACUGCUCCUCAAACCCCCCCUCCAGCACCCCCUCCAGCCCCACCUCAAACUCCUCCUCAAAGUGCCCCACCACCUGUCUCAUCAGGUGCCACCUCGUUACCGGCCGAUUUCAGCUGGCUGGAAGAUCGUACCGCGCUGGACUCCUUUCCCACAUUCGACUGGCUGCCUGCGUACAAUUCGUCAGAUGGCCUUCCGGAUUGGUCUCCAUUCCGUGUCAAUAUGCACAAGAAGGAUGACUAUGUGUACGAACACUACAAUCCACUGAAAGAUCCCCUGCACUUCCCAAAUCUCCAGAAUGAUAUCUUGGAGCCUAUGCGUGAAGUUCUCCACAACGGAAGUGUGAAGAUUAAGCAUGUCAUUCUCGUCAAGUUAGAGAGCACCCGGCAGGACGUAUGGCCGUUCCGCAAUAGCUCCUACAUUAUGAAACACAUCCGUGACUCCUACCCGAAGGGCAUCCCCAGCGAUGUCCAGGAAAGGCUUUCGAAGCUCACCCCUACCGCCGAACGUUUAACCGGAUUUGAGACCGGAUUCGGCGAGGAUAAGCCGAAGUCCUAUGGUGGUUUCAGCGCGAGAAACGCUUACACGUCUGGAACCUACACCCUGAAGAGUCUCACGGCCACUAUAUGCGGUGUGAACCCUAUGGCUGUCGAGGCCAACCUCGAGUACCUGCACGAUAUCUACCAGCCCUGCUUGCCACACAUCCUCGACGCAUUAAACGCGCAGCCAAAAACUACCAGUGAGACAAGUACCAGUCAGACAGAUGACUGGUCUUCCUGGCCGUGGUACUCUGCUUGGAUGCAGACACACUCCGAUGCCUGGGACAAUCACUUUUUACUUUCCCCUCAUUUGGGAUACCAGAAUGUUAUGGCAAAGAGAACAAUCGAUGCAGACGGUGGUAAAUAUGUUCCAAAAGAAUCCAAAGAGGAGGAGGAUCAUGGCCAUGAGGAUAAGAUCAUGAAAUACUAUCUCCGGGAUGUCAUCGACGAUGCGAAGAAGAACAACACUCGUCUCUUCAUCAGCACCCUAACACAUCAAACACAUACUCCUUAUUAUAAGCCUGGUGAUUAUAAGGAGAUGCUAGGGGAUCUGUCGAAUGAACGGAAUGAGAAGCUGAAUCGAUACCUAAAUACCGUUCACUAUCAGGAUGAGUGGAUUGCUGAGCUCUUGGAGCUUCUCGAAGAUACAGGCAUUGCCGAUGAAACGCUUCUUGUGAUGACUGGUGACCACGCUCUAUCACUUCCAAAUGACGGUGGCAUUACGGCCUGGCAUUCCCCUCACGUUGGCAAUUUCCACGUGCCGCUAUACUUCUCUCACCCCAAACUACCUCAGAUCGAUCUCGAAAAUGCUGGUAUCCUUUCUACGCAAAUUCUUCCCACGAUCCUCGAUCUUCUCAUCGAGACCAACUCCAUGGACGAACAAGGAGCCAAGAUCCUCCGCGAUCUACUUCCCAUGUACGAGGGCCAGUCCAUGAUCCGCAAACUCAUCCCUGAGAAGGACGGCAAGAAAGAAUGGCAAUUCUCCACCAUGAACCCGGGAGGAACCUGGUUCACCGUGCGCUCCGCCGCACAGCCAUACCGAUUAGUCGUGCCUCUCAAGCCCGACGGCAGGUGGCGAUUCACCGAUGUCGCCGUCGAUCCAUUCGAGCUUAAUCCCGUGGAAAACCACCAACUCAUGUUCCUGAGCGAUGUCGUGCUGAAGAAUAAUGGCCCCGAAGCUGUGGCCUGGCUCACCGAAGCGGCCCACGCCGCCCACUGGUGGCUUAAGGAUAACCAUCGCCGCUGGAAAUAUGAUCCUAAGAACCCGAAAAACGACCCUUGA